UCCAUCCUUCAGUUAUGAACCUGGACCAUCAGACACAAAAAUUGAGUCCAACAGAUGGAGAGCAGAGUCUGCAGGAUCCAGCUGUCUGUCUAUGAAGAGUGACUGGUCCAAAGAUUUUAUUCCUCCAUCCUUCAGUAAUGAACCUGGACCCUCAGACACAAAAGAGAGGAAGAGGAGUCCUGUUUCUGUGGAGGAGCAGCCGUCCUGCUGUGCUUUGUGUCAGGACGUCCUGAAGGAUCCAGUCUCUACCAGCUGUGGACACUGGUUCUGCAGACAGUGCAUCACCUCAUACUGGGACCAGUCUGCUUCAUCAGGAGACUCCUCCUGUCCCCAGUGUAGAGCAGAUAGUGGUCUGCAGGAGGUUUUAGAUGAACAUAAGAUCAGUCUGAGGAGGAGAUGUGAACGUGUGACUGAAGGAAGUGAUGAAACAGGAAGUGGAACCCUCCUCAACAGGAUCUACACUGAGCUCUACAUCACAGAGGGACAGAGUGAAGAGGUUAAUACCCAGCAUGAGGUGAGGCAGCUUGAGACAGCUUCCAAGAUGGAGACCCUCCAUGACACUCCAAUCAGGUGCCAGGACAUCUUUAAAGUCUUACCUGGCCAACAGAGAGCCAUCAGAGUGGUUCUGACCAACGGCGUCGCUGGCGUUGGAAAAACCUUCUCGGUGCAGAAGUUCACUCUGGACUGGGCAGAGGGCUCGGAAAACCAAGAUGUCAGUCUGCUGGUUCUGCUCUCGUUCAGGGAGCUGAACUUGAUCAAAGAUGAGCAGCACAGUCUCCUCACGCUGCUCCAUGUUUUCCAUCCAACAUUACAGAAGGUCCCAGCAGAGAAGCUCGCCGUCUGGAAACUGUUGUUCAUCUUUGACGGCCUGGAUGAAAGCAGACUUUCAUUAAACUUCAACAACAAUGAGGUUGUGUCUGAUGUCACACAGAAGUCAUCAGUCAACCUGCUGCUGACAAACCUCAUCGAGGGGAAUCUGCUUCCCUCGGCUCUCGUCUGGAUAACUUCCCGACCUGCGGCGGCCAAUCAGGUCCCUCCUUCAUGUGUUGGCAGGGUAACAGAAGUACGAGGCUUCACUGACGCCCAGAAGGAGGAGUACUUCAGGAGGAGAGUCAGUGAUGAAGAGCUGUCCAGCAGAAUCAUCUCACACAUCAAGACCUCCAGGAGCCUCCACAUCAUGUGUCUAAUCCCAGUCUUCUGCUGGAUCACUGCUACAGUUCUGGAGCACAUGUUGACUACAGAGCAGAGAGGAGAGCUGCCCAAGACCCUGACUGACCUGUACUCACACUUUCUGCUGGUUCAGAUAAAGAGGAAGAAGCAGAAGUAUGAUGAGACGAGUCCACAGAAGCUGACGGAGGCUGACAGGAAGGUUCUUCUGAAGCUGGGGAGGCUGGCGUUUGAACAGCUGGAGAAAGGAAACAUCAUGUUCUACCAAGAAGACCUGGAGCAGUGUGGUCUUGAUGUCACAGAGGCCUCGGUGUACUCAGGAGUUUGUACAGAGAUCUUCAAAAGAGAGAGUGUGAUCUUCCAGAAAACAGUCUACUGCUUUGUUCAUCUGAGCGUUCAGGAGUUUCUGGCUGCAGUCUACAUGUUCUACUGUUACACCAGCAGGAACACAGAGAGACUGAAGGACUUCCUGGGGAAAAAACAUGUUGAUUCAACCCUCGAUGUCUUCCUGAGGGAAUCCAUGGAGAAAUCCCUUGAGAGUAAAAAUGGCCACCUGGACCUGUUUGUUCGCUUCCUUCAUGGCCUCUCUCUGGAGUCCAACCAGAGACUCUUAGGAGGCCUGCUGGGUCAGACAGACAACAGUCCAGAAAUCAUCCAGAGAGCCAUCAACAACCUGAAACAGAGGAAUACAAAGAUCUCUCCUGACAGAAGCAUCAACAUCUUCCACUGUCUGAUGGAGAUGAACGACCACUCAGUACAUCAGGAGAUCCAAGAGUUCCUGAAGUCAGAGAACAGAUCAAAGAAGAAACUCUCUGUGUUCCACUGCUCAGCUCUGGCCUACAUGCUGCAGAUGUCAGAGGAGGUUCUGGAUGAGUUGGACCUGCAGAAGUACAACACAUCAGAGGAGGGACGACUGAGACUGAUUCCAGCUGUGAGGAACUGCAGAAAGGCUCGAUUUUCUGACUGUGGACUCUCAAAGACUCACUGUGAAGUUGUGGCCUCAGCUCUGAGGUCCAACCCCUCCCAUCUGAGAGAGCUGCAGCUAAGUAACAAUGACCUGCAGGAUUCAGCAGUGAAGCUGCUGUCUGCUGGACUGGAGAGUCCACAAUGUAGACUGGAGACUCUGAGAUUGAGGCGCUGCAGUUUGUCCGAGAUCAGCUGUGCUUCUCUGGCCUCAGCUUUGAAGUCCAACCCCUCUCAUCUGAGAGAGCUGCAGCUGAGUGGAAACAACUUGCAGGAUUCAGGAGUGAAGCUGCUGUGUGGUUUUCUGGAGGGUCCACACUGUAGACUGGAGACUCUGAGAUUGUGGCGCUGCAGUUUGUCAGAGAUCAGCUGUGCUUCUCUGGCCUCAGCUCUGAAGUCCAACCCCUCCCAUCUGAGAGAGCUGCAGCUGGGUAACAAUGACCUGCAGGAUUCAGGAGUGACGCUGCUGUGUGGUUUUCUGGAGAGUCCACACUGCAGGCUGGAGACUCUGAGAUUGUUGGGCUGCAGUUUGUCAGAGAUCAGCUGUGCUUCUCUGGCCUCAGCUCUGAAGUCCAACCCCUCCCAUCUGAGAGAGCUGGACCUAAGUAACAACAAGCUGCAGGAUUCAGGAGUGAAGCUGCUGUCUGAUCUUGUGGAGAGUCCACACUGCAGACUGGAGACUCUGAGAUUGAGGCACUGCAGGUUGUCAGAGAUCAGCUGUGCUUCUCUGGCCUCAGCUCUGAAGUCCAACCCCUCCCAUCUGAGAGAGCUGGACCUGAGUAACAACAAGCUGCAGGAUUCAGGAGUGAAGCUGCUGUCUGAUCUUGUGGAGAGUCCACACUGCAGACUGGAGACUCUGAGAUGGAAGAAGUGAGAGUGAGUGGUGAGAAAGGUGGAGGUGCUGAGAGAGGAUCAGCUGUGUCCUGAUGAUCCAGAGAGGUUGAAGCAGCAGCAUCAGCUUGUGUGUGGAGAGGCUCUGACUGGGCCAUGUUACUGGGAGGUAGAGUGGAGAGGAGAGCUUCAUCCAGCAGUGACUGACAGAGGAAUCCCAACAGUGCUGCGGUCUGAACU